AUGGCCAGCCUGAGGCCCAGCCGACACACCUGCAUCAGGGCGGCGUUCAGUGCAGCUGGCUUCCGGAAGUGGCAGAGACACGCUCGCCAUCGCCUUCAGGUCGGCUCCAGAAGGAACCUCAUGGACUUUGCGGAAGGCAUCUGGAGAGAGUUUUUAGAUCCUUAUGAUGGUGAUUCAGAAGACACUCCAGGUCAUUCCACCUACCGCAACUACCGCCAGCGUGCCUACCGCCUCCUGGGUGACAGGAACCGCAACACACCUUCCUACACAUUGAAGUUCAAGAUUGCUGAGGAGACCCGUGUGGAAGACUCGGUCCCGCCAAAGGCUCCAGAUCUCACCAUGAAAGCGUCUGGCUGGGCCCCCAUCGCCCUGGAAGUCAAUGAUGUUGACAUGCAGCCUGAGGGCGAACUGAAGGCCCUCGACCCCCAGGAGGUCAAUGGGUGGCCUGCCAGGCUGUCUCCAUCACCAGAGGACUGGAGGAUGACAAGGGCUGCCAACCCCCUCAUUCCUGUGGAGACCCCAGAGAUGAGCAGACACCUGCCGAGCAGAGCCAGAGCGUCACGGCCACCUCCCAGACUUGGGAGUGAGAGAGACAAGGGGCCUAGGCUGUCGCUUUCUAAGAGGAAGCUGGAGCUUUUCCUUUCAGAGCCAGAGAGAACUAAGAGGAAGAAGAAGUAUGGGGCCUCGCCCAGGGGCCGGGUUAGGGACACACUCAAGACCAAUAGUGAUGAGUGGUAA